AGGUAAAGGGUUAAAUCUUGUGGAAAGACUAAAGAAUACUGUACUGUAGGUAGCUGGAGCACAGGGAGCCUGCAGGUUAAGUGUGACAACAGAGUUGCUACUUUGUGGUUCCAGCAUGUGUCAGAUGUCAGUAGGUGGACAGGCACCUCAGAUUGAUAUUAAUAUGGUAAUAAUAAUAAUAUCAUAUUUAAAUAUAGUUGUUUUUCUUCAGCACAGUCACAUAAGUUUUAGAGAGUUUAGGCAGUCUGUGGUAGUUUAGAUGUUUGUGUGUAUUAUGUUAUCAGCAUGUGUCAAAAUGUCCGGGUUUUUCAGUAGAGGACACAUGCUUUGUGUCGAUUACAACUUACACAUGUCUUUGUAGACGACAGGUGGAAGCCCCGUCAGGUGGAAGCCGUGUCAAACCCAAGAGACCGCAACAAUCCGACCCCCCAGCCGUACACUCCCAUCAUACAAUAAAAGCUCGUCAAUAAGCCAUAAUAAUCAUUUCAACUGCUUCUCGCGUCCUAAAACAAUAGAGUAGCAAAUGCAUUUACAUUAUUGUAAAACAAACUAACUUUGCUUUCGUUAAAUAUCAGACGUGUUUGUGUGGCUUUAUUCCAUAAUGGGUUUGGUGCUUGUGCUGGCUGCUGAUUGAGUUGACGGACAACAAUACUACCAGGUGGGGGCGUGUCUGCAUAGAUGAUUGAAAUUUAACAGUUCUCCGCCAAUCCCGUGUCGAGCAGCGUUGUGUUCGUGAAUAAAUUAUGCGACUCGGGAUGUCAGCUGCAGCCUCGAGACAGAAGCGGUCUCGCUCGGUUUGCCAUUGUGCUGCACGUGAAGCAGACUGACCCGGCAGCGAGCCAGCUUCGCCCGGAGAUCAGAUCUCCGGCCUGUUUAUAAUUUUAUAUCGUUGGAUUUUUGUACGUUCUUAUUUUGGUGUUCAUGGAUGUAUUAGCAUGAAUUCCCAUUGUUACACAGUGGCGAUGGACCUUGGCGUUUGUCAACUGAGGAAUUUUUCUAUAUCGUUUUUGUCUUCUGUGCUUGGAAAAGAGAAUUCUUCUGUGAAAGUUGACAAUAGCUCAUCGGGCGCGAGUGUGGUGGCCAUAGACAACAAAAUUGAACAAGCAAUGGACUUGGUGAAGAGCCACCUGAUGUAUGCGGUGCGGGAGGAGGUGGAGGUGCUGAAGGAGCAGAUCAAGGAGCUGGUGGAGAGGAACACCCAGCUGGAGCAGGAGAACAGCCUGCUGAAGACGCUGGCCAGUCCUGAGCAGAUGGCCCAGUUCCAGGCCCAGGUGGACCCUGACUCCCCCACAGACAGCACACAGGCCCUCGCUCCCUCCCAGACCUCCAGCACCUCUGCAUAGCACCCCGCCUCCGCUGCCCCCCUCCCUGGAGGGCAGGGUUCACCUGGCUGGGGGGUACAGGUGGAAGAGGGAAGAGGAGAUGCAAAGUUUUACUAUACUGUGAACUGACCCACGCCGAGCAUCAUGAUC